UACAGUUGAUCAUUUGUACAGUUGAACAAGUACAAACGGAGCCCCCCCUGGACGUCACUCCCAUAGACGUCCUUUUAAUAUCUGCCUUGAGAUUCCAUCCAUCGAAUGCACUUUGUCUUUGAUUUAUGGACGACAAAAUUUAACAAAUCACGAGAGAUUUUUGUGCCGGCCUUUCGAGGCAUGGAUGCGACGUAAAAAUUAACAGUUUUGUUUGCAAAAAUCAGUUCUGUGUAUUAGUGAUAAAGUGAAAAAACCAGGACGACGAAAUCGGUUAAACACACGAACUUGGAUUGAGACAACUUCCUGAAAUGGUUAGCAGAAAGGUGUGAAUGGGACAGAAGAGCAGUCAAAAUCGUAGUGAGUCUGUUAUGAGUGGGAUAAGCAGUCCAUCCGGACCUGAAUGGCCCACCCGGCCCUCCCAUCCUCCACCACUCAAUGCUCCACUGAAUUGGCAAAAUCCCAUCAACAUGUUGUUCGAUAUGCUAAAGAAGUUUCUGGGCUGGUGUGACGAGGGUUCACGAAAACGUCACGCCAGUGACCAUCUCUUCGACGAUUACACCAAUGUUGCCCCAAAGAAACAGCGCAUGGAUCAUCCCAAUCACCGUGAAAUAAUCGAGAUAGAGGAUACCCCUGAUGAUAUUCAGAUUUGCAAUGAUUCAUUUCACUCCGUCACCAUCAACUCCCACAAUUCCCUGAAGAGGAGAAGCACAUGCUACCCAAAUCACAAGUUCAUAAACCACGUGGUACCGCGAACCAACGUGCCAAUGAGUACCUUCAAGGGUAAGAGUCGUCUGAACGUAAAGGCCCAUAUUCCCCCCAGGAUGUCAGUCUUGGAUAAAAUUCAUCAGUUGCGUGACAAGGCAGACUACAGUCGCCUCCUUCAGGACUGUAAUCCAAGGAUCCAGGUAAUUCCAGUAACUCCAGAUAAUGGUCGGUCUCACAAGCCAAUUGAGCUCAUCGACAUCGAGAGUAUGGAGCCCUCGACGUCCGGUCCCUCAGAUGUUUUUUCAACGCCAUUGACGAAAACACCCUCACGCUGGUAUACACCGAUGUCACGUCUCAGGACUUCAGGACCUCAGGGACGUUCCAUCGAGGUGAUAAAACUCGAUGACAAUUCACCAACUGCAUCUUCCUCGAAGCCAAGACAUGAGGAGAUUAAAAAAACUCACAUUAAUCGUGAAUGCAUAGCAACAAAUUCUCUACGCGAUAGAUUAUCAGGAAAAGCUGUUAUGAAGGAGGAUUUCAUUCCUCGGAUCGCUGAACCUUACAACGAGCGCAUUGAGAAAAAAUCCAAGGAGGCUGCUGAACUAGAAAGAAUGAGGGGAAUUUUGGCAAAACACAAUCGUCUCCAGCGCGAAUUUGCACUUGAGGAACAGUUGGCACGUUCCAUGAGACUGUACGAAGCUGUUCUCGAGGAGCAGGAUGAUGAGGAUCAACUUCCUGAACUGUCUUCGGAGAUGACAAGUGAGGUGCAAAGGGCACUGAUACCACGACCACCGGAUGAAGUACUCGCCGAGGGAUUUGGAUUGAGAAUAACUCGAAAGGACAUUCAUACUUUAUCGGGACUUAACUGGCUCAAUGACGAGGUCAUAAAUUUCUACAUGAACCUCCUCAUCGAGAGGGGCAAGGGUGAUAAGUAUCCUAAUGUUUAUGCGAUGAACACAUUUUUCUACCCGAAAUUAGUAUCUGGGGGACACUCAGCACUGAAACGAUGGACAAGAAAAGUUGAUAUUUUUGCACAGGACAUUGUCGUUGUUCCUGUUCAUCUUCAGAUGCACUGGUGCAUGUCCAUUAUUGAUUUUCGGGAUAAAUCGAUCAGGUAUUAUGAUUCUAUGGGUGCGGACAAUCAGAAGUGCUUGAGGGCACUCAGGAAAUACCUCGAGGAUGAGAGCCUUGAUAAGAAGAAGAAGAGUUAUGAUACGAGCGAUUGGACUGCUGAGUGUAUGAGUGAUAUUCCACAGCAGAUGAAUGGCAGCGAUUGUGGAGUUUUUUCAUGUACAUUUGCUGAAUUUAUCUGUGCCAAUAGGAGGAUAACCUUCAGCCAGGAUGAUAUGCCGUAUUUCAGACAUAAAAUGGUUUAUGAAAUACUCAAACGUAAACUUUUGUAGAUAAGUACAUUUGUAUUUUCAUGUUUCAAGAGCGAAGUCGUUUAAUUGGAUAAAAUGAGUUUCGUAUCGAGCUAGUUUUUGAUGAGUAUCUCCGAAUGGGAGGGAGAUAGGAAAUUUUUUGUCAGGACGUUGAUUGUCGUACUCCAUUCACUCCACAAAAAAGGUUCUGAUGAAAAUCUUGCUGUCUACCCUAGAUUAGGAGAUAUUCAGCAAAAAUUGAACCAUACGUUAGCGAAGUGGUAAAAUGAGAUCAGUGAUUUAUGGUUGAGUCGAGUUUUUGGGGCAUAUCUCCAAAUCUGGGGGAGAUAGCGAUUUUUUUGUGACUAUAUUUUUUUGAGAACUCCCUUUGCUCCACAAAAAAGGUUCGGAGAGAAAUUUUGAUAUCGUGUGCCGAUCCCGAGAUAUUCGUUAAAAGAUCGUUAAUAGCCAACAACUUGUUUUACCACGCCGAUGUUGAAUAGUCAUAAGUGACUUUUUAUCGAUUUACAACUUCGCUAUUGGUUUCCAUUCGUGUGAUGAGAGUUUUUUUUUUUUGUAAACAGUGGGGACACGAGUUCGGCGGGAGAGUUGCCAAAUUAAUCUGAUCGGUGAAUUAAAUUAAUUUGACGAUGAGGGAGUUGAGUUAUUUUUCAACUUCAGGGCUUCGUCAGCCAUUUUCUUGUAUUUAUGAAUUUCAAGUCAAUAAUUUUGGAUGUCAAUGUGAACGAGUCGUAUCGACAGUCUUUUGGAUAAGAUAAAUAAACAAAAUUGUAGGUUUUUGGAUUAUCAUUUGUUGAUUAAUCAGUUUUAUUUAAUAUCCCAUGUCUUCUUGGGGUGUCGAAUUUACAUGAAAAUAUUUCAGUGUAGACACAAACAUCAAAAUGUAGUUAAAAUUUUUUUUUGAAAAUCGAAA